AUGUUAGACGAUCAACUCAAAGCAUUAAUAUAGAAGAAUAAUCUCAAAAUUGAAUAACACUAAACCAAAAUGAUGAUUAGAUUUCCUUAAACUCCUCAAGUUCGUGAUUCACAAUAAUAAGUAAAUUAAUAUUAAUCUUAGUCCUAAUUGUUUACAAAGUCAAACAACAAAAGUAGCAGCAUUGAUAAGAGUUAUUUUAGUUGUGUUCCAACUAGAAAGUCAACAAAAUAAAGCUUUUUUGUUCCAAAAUCUACAGUCACAUCAUAAUAUCUAGAUUCAUAGGCUUUUUAAGUAUAUUAAACUGAGGAUAUUCAAAAUACUCAAAUUUAAGAUUAUGUGCAAUAGAUUUAACAUUCUUAAAUGAAUAUUAAUGAUAAUAUAGAUAUCUCACCUAUGAAUUCAACAAUUCUUAAUUAAUUGAAAAGAGAAAAAGAGAUCAUCUCAUAAUAACAUCAAUUAUUAAUAUCAUAAAUGUCAAGAGAAAUCGAAAACAAUAAAAGAUAAUAUCAAAUAUCUGAAUAAACUUUAUAACAGUAAAUUAUUCAAUUAUAAAAUGAAUUAAAUGAAUAUAAAUAGUAUAAAACAAAAAGCUUAGAUUUAGAAACUAGUCUAUAAUAAUUUAUUAUUGAAAAUAAUGAACUCAAAUCUAAAUUAUAAGAAUAAAAUAAAUGGCUAUUUGAAUUAUAAGAUUAAUUUGACUUGAUUCAUACAAAAAUGACUGAUAUCAAAUAGAAAAUUCAAGACACUAAACAUUUCUCCAAUUAACUAUCAUAAAUAACCUUAUAUUUAUUGAACAAACAAACACCUCCUCUAGAUUUCUUAGUAUUUAUGAAUAAUCAAUCUAAACAAUUAUAACAUGAAUAGUAAUAAGAAACUGAAUUCAGAAAUAGAAAAUAAUAAAUUAAAUAAUAACAUUUUCAAUCUAAUCCAUUUCCCAUAGCAAAAGAAUCAUUUGCUUAAAUUUAUUAAUUUUAGAUUGAAAACUCUAUGAUACUUAAUUAAAUAGUCAAAGAUUUGAGAAAUAAUGUUGAUCGUUACUCUUAAUAAUACAUAGCAGAAGUUGGACUUCAUUUAAUGUGA